AUCUGGAGAUUCUUGAUUAAGCAUUCCCCACCUCUCUUUCACUCUUCCUUCUCUUUUAUAUAUAUAUAUAUAAAAACUGAAUUCUCUCUUUGGUUCUGUUCAACAUCUAAAUGUCCUCCUUUGGAGUUUCUUCUUGUUGCUAAUUAAGAGCCCAUUCUUUUUUUGUUAUUAUUUGUUUUUUCUUUCCAUAUCUUAGCAUAAGAACCAAUCUCUACAUUUCUUCUGCUUCCGUUUCUUUGCUUCGUGGCUUUGUUAAUUCGAAUUCUUGGUGUUUCUUGAUCCCUCUUUUCAGUUUUCUUGUUAUUCUUUACCUUAUCGUGCAUUAAAAAGAAACCCAAGAAACAAAGGCCAAUAAAAAUCUCUUUCUCUGUCUCUCUUCAGAGUUUUGUGUUUCAUUUGAUAUAUUGAAGAGAUCAAAAUGUUGGGAGGAUUAUUAAAGUCGAAAUUCUAUGCAAAAUGCAAGUCGCUGUUGAAGAUGGCAAAAGCUCGACUCGAGGUGCUAAAGAAGAAGAAGAGCUCAGUGGCAAGGUUCUUAAAGAAUGAUAUGGCUGAGCUUCUCAGGAGUGGCUUUGAUUAUAAUGCUUAUUGCAGGGCUGAUGGGCUUCUGGUUGAGCAAAAGAUGAUAGCUUGCUACAAUUUCAUUGAGCAGUUCUGUGGAUGUAUAUCCAGCAAUCUUUCUGCCAUUAAUAAACAGAGGGAAUGCCCUGAGGAAUGUAAAGAAGCUGUACAAUCUCUAAUAUAUGCUGCAGCAAGAGUUUCUGAAUUCCCAGAAUUGCGAGAUUUUCGCACUCUAUUCACUGAAAGAUAUGGGACAUCCAAUGAAUCUUUUGUUAAUGAAGAGUUUAUUGAGACAUUGAGGCCUAAAUCUACCACAAAGGAGUUGAAGCUUCAGUUAUUGCAUGAUAUAGCAGAAGAAUUCAAUAUAGAAUGGAAUUCAAAGUCUUUGGAACAGAAACUCUUCAAGCCUCCUCGAGAGGACCAGAAUAGGCAUUGUCGUCGCAAAAGCAAGGAUGAUAUUGUCCCGAAAGGAGAAUUCCAGGGCGAUGAUGAAGAUGGAAACAAAUGGAAGAAAAACAAGGAUGAUGAUAUCACUAAGAGAACAAGCCCUGAAGCUGGGAACAAAGUGAAUGACAUGGGGGAGGAUACGUUGCUGAAAAAAGACAAAACCGAACUUGCAUCUAGUGGAAGGAAGAAUGCCAUUUAUGAGGGAUAUAAUCUGCCUUGCAGCAGUGAAGAUGAAGUGACUUCUCCUCACAGGAGAAAUAGUAGUGACCUUGAUAGCCUACAAGCUACUUCAAGUUCAGUUGGAAGUGUUUCGGAGGAUGAAGUAGAUAGCAAGAAGCCCUUUUACUACAGAUUCAUUCCUUCCCCUUAUGUCAAACCAAAAGUUGAGAAAGAAGAAAGCAAGAUUGAAGAACCCCGAAAAUCAACUGGCAAUGUUCUUGAUGAAGACGAUUUGAUUAGUGAGGCUAAGCCAAAACCAAGAUCGGUUCGAAGGAGACCAUUGAAGCCACUUCCUGGUCAUGAAAAUUUUGGCAGUGAUGCAAUGCCAUUGAACUCACCUAAAGGUCAUGAAAAUGUUGGCAGUAUUGAACGACCAUUGAAGCCACCGCCAGGCCGUGAAAAAUUUGUCAGUCCUGAAAAUGGUGGGUUUGCAAAGGCUAAUUCAAUUGCAGCGAAAGAAGCUGAGGCCGAAAGGGUUUUGAGAAUCUCGAAAGCUGAUGAUGUGGAUGAAAGGGAAGAAGAGGACAAGAUGAUUGAUGAGCUUCUGAUGCAUUACAGCAAGGACACAAAAUCUAAUGAGUUGCCUCUUCCACCUGGUAGAGAAGCAUACCAAGCAGAAGAAGCAAGUACAACGAAGGCAGCAAAAAGGCAAAAUCAAGUAGUUUCGUUACAGUCAGAGACCGGACAUGUGCACCCUAACCUGCCUGAUUACGAAUAUUUGGCAGCUCGGUUUGCAGCUCUUAAGGGGAAAUAGAUGAAACGAAAAUGACAUUAGGUUCUGAGAGCUUGCAUGCUUAGUAUUCUUUCUAAGAAAACAGAUAAAAAAAAAAAGAAAAAGAAAAAAAAAAGAAAAGAAAAAGAUUUCUGCAUAGGUGAUAACAUUAUCGGGUUACUCUAUUAAUUUGCUUUCUUCUAGUUCCAGGAAAUUGUUAGUAGUAUCUUCUAGAUAAUUUCUGAUUGUUUAAUUCUUGGAAAUUGUUACAUUAUAUAAUAUUCUCUGGUACAUAUUUCUACAUGUUCAUGGCUA